GGUCUCCGCCCCCUCCUCCGUGUAGUCGCGCAGUCUCCGCCUCCGCCGCGUGUGGUGCUCUUACUGACUGGCGUGGCGGCGCUGUGACACAGGAGGUGGCGGGGAGUGAGGACAAUUGAGCAGAUUCCCCCACUAAGAAUUUAAGAAAACAUCGUGGAAAGGGACAUUGUUCUCUGGUCAAGACAGCUAAAGAUGUAAUUUCUUCUUACACCUCUGGGGGAGUCACAGAAGCUAUUCUCGUUAUCUGGAUAGAAAAAACAUUAAACAGUUAAUUUGUUUCUAAUCUAAUACAGGAUGAGUCUGACCAGGGCAAAAACACAUCUGUGCUCAGAGUGUGACAAAAGCUUUAGAUGUAAAUCAGAACUUCUCUUACAUCAGAGGACUCACACAGGAGAGAAACCAUUUAAAUGUUCUGAAUGCAGCAAGUGUUUUUCCCGUGAGUCGGUGCUUGUUACACAUCAGAAGAGUCACACAGGAGAGAAACCAUUUAAAUGUUCUGAAUGCAGCAAGUGUUUUUCCAAUAAGUCAGCGCUUGUUAUACAUCAGAGGUGUCACACAGGAGAGAAACCAUUUAAAUGUUCUGAAUGCAGCAAGUGUUUUCCCCUUAAGUCAGUGCUUGUUAUGCAUCAGAGGAGUCACACAGGAGAGAAACCAUUUAAAUGUUCUGAAUGCAGCAAGUGUUUUUCCUAUAAGUCAGCGCUGGUCGGUCAUCAGAGGAUUCACACAGGAGAAAAACCGUUUAAAUGUUCUGAAUGUAGUAAGAGUUUUUCCUUAAAGCAACACAUUAUUAUACAUCAGAGGAGUCACACAGGAGAGAAACUAUUUAAAUGCUCUGAAUGCAGCAAGUGGUUUUCCUGUAAGUCAGCGCUGGUCAUUCAUCAGAGCAGUCAUACAGGAGAGAAACCAUUUAAAUGUUCUGAAUGCAGCAAGUGUUUUUCCGGUAAGUCACAGCUUGCCAGUCAUCAGAGGAGUCACACAGGAGAGAAACCAUAUAAAUGUUCUGAAUGCAGCAAGUGUUUUUCCAUUAAGUCACAUCUUGUCAUUCAUCAGAGGAGUCACACAGGAGAGAAACCAUUUAAAUGUUCUGAAUGCAGCAAGUGUUUUUCCGGUAAGUCACAUCUUACCAGUCAUCAGAGGAGUCACACAGGAGAGAAACCAUAUAAAUGUUCUGAAUGCAGCAAGUGUUUUUCCUGUAAGUCGCAUCUUGUCAGUCAUCAGAGGAGUCACACAGGAGAGAAACCAUUUAAAUGUUCUGAAUGCAGCAAGUGUUUUCCCUAUAAGUCAGCGCUGGUCAGUCAUCAGAGAAGUCACACAGGAGAGAAACCAUUUAAAUGUUCUGAAUGCAGCAAGUGUUUUUCCGGUAAGUCAGCGCUGGUCAGUCAUCAGAGCAGUCACACAGGAGAGAAACCAUUUAAAUGUUCUGAAUGCAGCAAGUGUUUUUCACAGAAGCCAGCGCUUGUUAUACAUCAGAUGAUUCACACAGGAGAGAAACCAUUGAAAUGUUCUGAAUGCAGCAAGUGUUUUUCCUGUACGCCACAUCUUAUCAGUCAUCAGAGGAGACACACAGGAGAGAAACCAUUUAAAUGUUCUGAAUGCAGCAAGUGUUUUCCCCGCAAGUCAGCGCUUGUUGUACAUCAGAGGAAUCACACAGGAGAGAAACCAUUGAAAUGUUCUGAAUGCAGCAAGUGUUUUUCCCAGAAGUCACAUCUUAUCAGUCAUCAGAGGAUUCACACAGGAGAGAAACCAUUUAAAUGUUCUGAAUGCAGCAAGUGUUUUUCCGAUAAGUCAGCGCUUGUUGUACAUCAGAGGAUUCACACAGGAGAGAAACCAUUUAAAUGUUCUGAAUGCAGCAAGUGUUUUUCCGAUAAGUCAAAGCUGGUCAGUCAUCAGUGGCGUCACACAGGAGAGAAACUAUUUAAAUGUUCUGAAUGCAGCAAGUGUUUUUCCCAUAAGCCAGGGCUUGUUAUACAUCAGAGGAGUCAUACAGGAGAGAAGCCAUUUCAGUGAUCUUAAUGCAGCAAGUGGUUUACUGAGAAGGAAACACUUGUUAAUCUCAUGCGGAGUCAUUCAUGGCCUGAAUGCAGCAUGCAUUUCUUCAGUAAGUUAACUUGUAUCAAUAGAAUAUGCAUUAUACAGUAGGGAGCCAAUUUUUAUUUUCUGAAUGUCAAGUGUUUUCUGUACAGUAGAUUAGUCUUGAUAAAGGCAGGAGACGUCUGACAAGUGGGCUUAGAGGUAUUUUCCUCUUGGGACAGUCAGGGGGAGCAUACAUCCCAACUUCUUGUAAAGUGAAAUUGAGAUACUGCCACGCUGAAGGUGCACGCUCCCAAAAAGGAAAGCAGUGAGUAAGAGGGGGGCCUCCCAACUUCCCUCCCACCAUGGGCCACGUGACCUGCAGGUGGGACAGUAUCCAAAAUGGAUAUUUGGGAGGUACGUUUAUGAACUAGAGCUGCAGUAUAAUAGAUAAUGGUGCUGCCAUUACUGAGCUUUGUAAUAUGCAGCUGUUCUGCUCAAUCAGUUGCUGGGACUAGUAGAGGAAGGAGCUGUCGAUCAUCUAGAGUUCCAGCAGCUUCUCCCAGUACUGAGAUUCCUUCUAUGACUUGCAGAGCUAUGCGUACUGGAUAUUUCUACACAGUAACUAAUCAUCACAGCAUUUGUUAGCUUUGCUAACACUAGAUAGCUGACAUCUGGUUUCUGUGGGUUACAACAAAACAUUGCUUUUCACACCUGCUAUUAAAUAAGUACCAAGAAGAGCACAUUGUGUAGCAGGCUAUUAAUAAAGACCAUUCAUAAUAAAUUCUUUUAAACUAGUGUCACAGUAAAAAUAUACACAAUUUUAAUUAUGACAGUACAUAGUAAUCGAACUUAGACCUGUCCUGCAUGCAUACUGAAGAAUCAUGUUCAAAUGUUAUGUGUAAUUAUUUAUGUAACAAGCAGCUGUCCCUGUAAACACUUGUUGAAUAAAAACUGAUCUGGGUAAAAGUC